AUGGUGACUCAAGUAAACCCUGGAAGCCUCCGAGGCGCCUGCGCAGCCGCUGAGAUUCAGUGCAGUGGAACUGGCGAGGAAGGGCGACGCACCUGCGCGAAGGGGGCGGUGCGGCGCGGCGGCGGUGGCGGCGGGAGAACCGAGUCCAGUGCGGUUGCGCGAGGGCAGGGGGCGGGUGAGGCGGGGCCGCGCGGGGAGUACGCCGUGCGCCUGCGCCGGGGGCUGCGUGGCGCGGUGGCGGGGCCGGGCGGUGUGGAGUGA